AUGACUUCAGUCUCAUGUGGUACUACCACGACGCCCAGUGGUCAGGCCACUGUCGCGGGUAACAUCUUGGUGAUUGCUAGAGACUCCACGUCUUUAGUACCUGCCACCGAUGGUCUCAAUGGUUACGGAAUCCCUUACACCACUCUUGUGGUGCCAUCAACCGGUGCUGAUCUGCCUAGCCUCAACAAUACCAAUGGAGGUCUCUUCGGAGGUAUCGUUGUGGCUUCAGGAAUUAGCUAUGACUAUGGUGAUGCCGGCUGGGCAAGUGCCCUGACCAGCGACCAAUGGGAUACACUAUAUGCCUAUCAGCUCGAGUAUGGCGUCCGUAUGGUUCAAUACGAUGUCUACCCUGGCUCGGACUAUGGAACCGCUAUUGUUGGCUCCGGAUGCUGCGAUAGCGGCGUCGAACAGGACUUCUACUUUACCGAUAUCACCGACUUCCCUACUUCUGGACUGCGCACUGGCUCUGCUGCUGGUGUGAGCACUGAAGGUCUUUACCACUACUCUGCUUCUAUUCUUGACACCAAUAACACCAAGUCAAUUGCUUCAUUUGCUGCAAACUCGGUCGUCGACACUGUAACCACUGCUGCUGUUAUCAAUGAUUUCGACGGCCGUGAGCAAAUGGUAUUCCACAUGUCUCUUGAUCCUAGCUGGAGUGCCACUUCGGCGUUUGUCCAGCACGCCUGGAUCACCUGGAUGACUCGCGGUCUUCAUGCUGGAUGGCGUCGUGUCAACAUCAACACCCAGAUUGAUGAUAUGAUGUUGACCACCAACCUCUACGAGCCUGCUGGUGAUACCUUCCGUAUUACCACUACUGAUAUGGACAACAUUCUUGCCUGGAUUCCCCUUAUCAAUGCCAAGAUGAACGCCGGUAGCACAUACUUCCCUGAAGUUGGCUUCAAUGGCAACGGAAACAUCGACCGCUCUGCCAACAUUGAUGAUGGCUGGGCUAUCUGCAGUGGGGGUGGUGUCUACUACACUGCUGCUGCGGCCACGACUGCUGAGUGGCAGAAGCCUCUGGGAACUGGUACUGACCAGUGGCCCGCUACCCCUACCGCCUAUGACUGGACCACCAACUGCACUAGCCGUGAUCCUCUUCUGCUCUGGUGGCAAGCCAACCUGAACAGCUUCGCCCAUCUCUCCCACACUUUCACCCACGAGGCUGAGAACAACGCUACCUAUGCCGAUAUCAACAAGGAGAUCAGCUUCAACCAGGCCUGGUUGAAGCAGGUCGGAAUCGAUCAGGCUACCUACUUCACUGCCAAUGGUAUUAUUCCCCCGGCUAUUACCGGUCUCCACAACGGUGAUGCCCUUCAGGCCUGGUGGGAUAACGGCAUCAAGAACUGUGUCGGUGACAACACUCGCUCAGCCCUGCUCAAUUCCGAAAACAACAUGUGGCCUUACUUUACCGUAAAGUCUACCAAUGGCUUCGAUGGCAUGCAAGUCAACCCUCGCUGGGCCACUCGUAUCUACUACGACUGCUGCACCCCUGCCUGUACCCUGGACGAGUGGAUCAACACCUCGUCUGGCUCUGGCGAUUUCGAUAACCUCAUGGCCAACGAGAAGGCUGAUACCAUCCGCCACUUCCUCAGCCUUGCCCACGAUCCGUACAUGUUCCACCAGGGCAACCUCCGCAACGCUGAUACCGAUCCUAUCACUGUUAAUGGAGUCUCUUACCAGUACUCUCUCUUCCAGGUCUGGGUUGAGACUGUUGUGCAGGAGUUCGUCCGUCUGGUUGACUGGCCCCUCGUGACUAUCAAGCACGCUGAUAUGUCCGCUGGCUUCUUGGCUCGCUACACUCGCGAUGCCUGUGAUUACGCCAUGAGCUACACCAUUGAGGACGAUGAGAUCAUUUCGAUCACCGUCUCGGCUACUGAUAACACUUGCAGUGCGCCAAUCCCGAUUACUUUCCCUGUGGCGCCUACCUCCACCAAGAGUUACGCCACUGAGCAGCUGGGCAGUGACCCUCUGACCGUCUGGGUUGAUCUUACCGGCACUGCCGUUUCCUUCACCCUUUCCACCCCUAUUCCCCUGUAA